ACUCUCGAGCAGACAGACAUAAGAGCUCAACAAUGGAGAACAGCGGUUAUGGUCGUCAGAUUAACGGGUCACCGCCUCUCUAUGGAAGCCCGGGCUAUGAGCCGUUAAGGGAAGAGAUGGAGUACCGAGGGGGCCCGGGAAUGCAAAUACAGUCCACUGUAGUGACCAUAAACUCGGAAGGACCCCCUGUGCGGGACCACUUGGUCUGGUCCAUCUUUAAUACCCUCUACUUCAACUUCUGCUGCCUGGGAUUACUCGCUAUGCUCUACUCUGUCAAGUCACGUGAUAGAAAAGUGAUGGGAGACAGAAGUGGAGCCAUGAGUUUCGCUGGCACUGCCCGAGGAUUGAACAUCACAGCCACCCUGCUGAGCAUUCUCUCAUGUAUUGUUAUAAUUAUUCUUUUGGUCACUGGAGUCAUCACCGUAGUACAUGCCGCUCAAACUUACCCCAAUCCACACAAUCCUAACAACAUGAACCCCUGGGGGAACUAAAGGCGUUCCUUCCUCUACGGGAUUCUAAGGCAUUGGACAUGGAAGCUUCACAAAACCAGAGCACUUUCCAAGUCCAGAGAUGAGGCCACGUUCUGAUAUUUUUUAUACUGUCGGCGAGACUACUGCAUGUUUGACUUAGUACUGAACUGUUUAGACUAGAAAGUGCAUUGACUCUUUGAAUAAAUAUUUGUUUUCGAUAGCAAGUACAUUUUUCUCAUAUUAUCUUUGAUAAAUAGUAUGUAGCUAAGCUUAACCAGGCUUCCGUCCUCUAUAUAUCUAGUAACCUAUGACUGUACUGGUAGAGGUUAUCUUUAUUUUAUCAUAAGCAGACUAAAGUUCAGUAAGCAGCCAUAAUGUAUGAAGUACAGAGCAUUCUUUCUCUUCCUUUUUGCAUUGCUAUAGAAAGCUGCUUUGCAGAUAUAGGACCCCUUAUCCGGCAUUCUGUAAAAAGCUUGCAAGCUGCUCCCAUAUCUGCCAGAAACGAACCAAAAGGCGUGAAUUUGCCAGAUUUAAAAAAUCUUGCUCCUUAUUCCGACCUGGAUCUGAAUGUAGGAAGAAUCAAGCGUUUCCGUUCUUAAAGGGGUGGUUCAUCUUCAAGUUAACUUUUAGUAUGUUAUAGAAUGGCCUGUUCUUAGCAACUUUUCAUUUGGUCUUCAUUAGUUAUAGGGAUGCACCGACUCCCUCAUCCCUAAUCAAUUUUUAGCAGGAUUCAAAUUCAGCUGAAUCCCUGUGCCUGGCUGAACCGAAUCAUAAUUUGCAUGUGCAAAUUCGGAGCGGGAAGGAAAUCACCUAACUUUUUGUCACAAAACAAGGAAAUAAAAUAUGUUUUUUCCACCCUUCCUAUCCAUAAAUUACAUAUGCUUCUUCGGUAUUCCGCAGAUUCCUUCGUGAAGGAUUCAGGGAUUCGGUCAAAUCCCAAAUAGUAGAUUCGGUGCAUCCCUAAUUAUUCAUCUUUUAUGGUUUUUGCAUUAUUUGCCAUCUUGUUCUGACUCUUUGCAGCUUUCAAAUGGGGGUCCCUGAUCCCCUCUUCUGUUCAUAUUCCUGUCUCUCCAUCAAACCACUGCAUUUCAGCAGCUAUCUGGUUGCCAGGGUUCAAUUUAACCUAGCAACCACAUAGCUGCUGAAAUGCCAAACUGCAUACCUGCUGCACAAAGCUAAAUAAUUCAAAAACUGCAAA